UUCGAAGAUGAUAUUGUUCUUCAUGUUAUGUUAAUUUGACUCAACUGAAAAUGCUGCUAAUUGCACUUAAACCAAAUCAUCCAAACUUGUUUUUAGACCCACGGUGUGUAGUACAAAUACCAGUUUCUGUGAAUAUGAAAUCUUUGAACAACGAUAGUUACAUUUAUGUUAAUAUUAAGCAGGGACUCGUGAAACAUAUGGAGAGUGGGAUAAAAAACUUUUUACAGUUAGGUAUAGAUAUAAAUAUUGAUGGCUUGCCAGUUUCCAAAAGCAGUUCUGUGAAUGUUUAGCCCGUACUGAGUAAAUACAUAAGACUAUAUGACCAAAGGCCAUUUGUGAUCGGCCUUUUCUGUGGAUCAGGCAAGCCAAAACCACUGGAUUCAUAUCUUAUUGAUGAACUUAUAACACUUCAGAAUGAUGUGUAUUAAGUGUCAUCUCAGGAUAUAAUGGAAAGGUGCAUACAAGAAGCAGAGCAUGAUGGUGCAAAAGUGGUAUGUUAUGAUCAACUGCCAGAACAGAUGAAUCUUUUAAUCUUCAAAACAGACGAAAGCCAUCAUACUGAUUGUAUGCUGUGGUGAAAUUUAUACCUGAUCGUACAGGUAAGACACCACAAGCAGCAAUUGUAUUGAAAUCAUGAUUUUUGCCAGACAAGAAAUGUUGGUGGCCUUAUCAUCUGAAAAGCGACGUUGCAAGAAAGUUAUUGUCAGAAAGUUUUAAUAUCACAGAGCCCGAUGCAGGUUUUACAAAAUGUAGUUUUUUACGAAUUCUUCAUGAAUAUAAGAUGCUCAAUUUGGACUUCAUAAAUCUGAAGUCCAAUCAGAUUUGGAAUCAAACAAAGAAGAGUCCCUCAUAUCGUCAAAAGAACACCGUAUUAAAUGAAUUUUUCAAAUGGACAGUGAGGAAGAUGAUCGUCCAUUACAAAAAACAUCUAAGGCACCUCCUGUCAUUUCAUUUCCUGACAGUGCAGAUAGUGAAUUAAGGAAUCGAAUGUGCUCCAUGACCAAAAAUCAAGAAUGUAAUAUGAAGCAAUCUUCGGUAGCUAAGAAAAGAGUAGAAGAGCCGUUGAAGAAAAUAUCCAACCCGAAUGCAAUAAAGAAACACAAGUUAUUUGAAAAUAUCUCUGGGAUAGUUAAGAAACAAGCAGAUAAAAUAGAGCUUGCCUCUGCAUCGAGAUUGAAGCAAAAGCUAUCUCUUCAGAAAUGCAAUACAAGCAUGAAAUUGGACAAGUUUCUUAAACAGAUCUCCACAGAAAUAUCUCAUGAAUCAGUUAAAACUUCUUUUGCUUCACCUUCAGUGGAGGAAAAAAUCAGUCGAAAAGAAAAAAAUUUUCUUCAGUUACAUCUUCGAAGGAAUGCAUUUAUAGUCGAAAACCAAGAGCUCAUUCGACACCACCUUCUUCUUCAAAGUAGUGAAUUUCGGAUAAGAAUAAAGCGAACUCCGCUUCACCUUCAUCGAUUAAAAGAAAUGCUUCAAGAGGCCUUCAAGGACGAUUGCAUUUCAAGGUCACAGUCCGGGAGGUGGCACAAGGCGUUCAAGGAAGGCCGGGAGGAGCGAAUGAGCAAGUCUCGCAUCAAAACGAUGCUCAUCACAAACGAUGCGUCUUUUUUGACGUCCGAGGAAUCGUCGAUUUUGAGUUUGUAUCGCAGGAAGAAACUCAGCCUUCUGGAGGUGCUCAAGAGACUGAAACGCCGAGUCGUGCGCGUGAGGGCUGAUAUCAAAGACGCGAUCAAGCUCCACCAUGACAAUGCCCCCAGCCACACGGCCUUCAUCGUUGCCAACUACCUGGCCCGGAGCAACACCCCGAUGGUCUCCCAGCUCGCUUACAGUCCCGACUUGGCUCUGUGCGACUUUUUUUUGUUUCCCCGUCUGAAGAGAGAGCUGAAAGGAAAGCAUUGGGCGUCCGUGGAAAACAUCCAAAAGCAUGGUACAACGUUCCUAAGAGACAUUCCCGUCGAGGAGUUUCAGCGUGCCUUCCAGGCGUGGCAGACACGUCUCCGCAAGUGUAUUGAUUCAGGGGGAGAGUAUUUUGAAGAAUUUUGAGCAUUUGUACCGCUACGAUCAAUAAAUCUAUUUUUCCCAGAAAA